AUGGACAAAUCAUCAGAGAAAAACAUUUCUGCACCAAGCAAAGUAAAACCUCCUGGAGGGCCCGCGCCUAUAGCCAACAUCGCCCCAAUGCUUGCACCUUUCCUAUACGACUGCAAUAACUGGUCUGAUCGGCUUGUUCAACUUCAAAAUGAUGUAUCGAAAGUUCAUCCAAGAACAAAAGAACAAACAGAAAAAGAUUGGAAGCUGUAA